UAUUAAUAAAAUAACAGCAACAUAUUCUUUAAGUUUUGUUAUAAUGAAUACUAAUACUAUACACUGGUGUGAGCAAGAAGCUGUUAGUAAUGACUCAGAUAAUGAUAUAUCAGAAUCAUCAGAAAAUGAGUUUGAAGUAUAUUUUUUACAAAGCAAUCAUGAAGAAUGUUUACUAAGUGAUUCUUUAAUAGAAUUUGAAAAUUUAACCUUAGAUAAUAAGUAUAUAUCUAUGGAAAUAGAAGUAUUUAAUUUUCAAGAAGUUUCUUUUAAUAAAGAUCCUACUGGACCUUCUAUA